AUGGCAAUCCAGAUUGAUGACUUUGAUGUGGCUCCUCCUGCACUGGCUGACUUUGCAGAGCUUGGUCUUCCAGCCAAAGCAUUCAUUGAGAAUGUAAAGCUUUGCAAAAUUAUAGGUCGUGUCUCGCAGCUAUUAAACAGCGGUGCAUCACUCAACUCCGACGAGAGUUCGACCUUGAAGGCGUCUCUCUGUCAAUGGAUACGCAGACUGCCUCCGGAGCUCUCACUCUACGAUGCAACGAGUUUGCGUCGGCCUUACAAGAAGGAAGUCACAGAUCUGCACUUGGUUUAUUUCGCUGCCAUCAUCUUGUUGCAAGCUGCCACGAGAGGGUACAAUUCACAGUGGAGGGCAUCCCCGGUUUCUCUUCUUGCCUCGUCCUGUAUCGCUCGUCUCUACGAGGAAACACAACUCCGAGAGGAUCUGUGUUUCCUCAUUCAUAUUCACAGCUUCUACUGCAUGGUGGCAGCUAUACCGCUACUCUAUUGGCGCACACGAUCCCACAGUAAGGAGACUUGUCGCUUAGAGGAGUUGGGUAUCUUGCGUUCAACUAUAGAGCAACUCUCUGCAAAGUUUGGCGGCGCCGGCACAGUACUGCGUAAUAUAGAAGCCCUGGAAAGUGAGCUGCAGCAGAGAAGAAGCGGCAGCUCCAUUAAUGACAUGAUGCAGGUCGAAGAGAACAUUAUCGCGGGAGAUGGAGAGCAAAUGGAAGAGCUUUUCCCGUUUCCUCUUGAGCUCUGUCCAAAUAUGGAUCUGCUUGACACUGCUGGAGCUGCCCGAAUGGAAGAGUCACUGGACAUUCCCAAUUCCUUUGUACAGGACCUGCCGGAGUGGAUAUUUGGUGAAGAUUCAUCUUUCUCGGGUAUUUUUGAGAGUGAACUAGUGUAG